AGGGGAGCAUUCCAAGUGCAGCCAACGUCAAAAGCCUGUCGCCGGUUGGUCAUGGCCUGCGAAUAAUGACAGCAGCCAUGUCGGCCACUCUGCCAACUUUUGUACCUAGUCAAUCAGCAUUUCACUUCGUAGUCUGCGACACAAUCGCUCGUAUCGCCGUGUAAUCUUAGGUACCUACUCAAACCUCCGGCUGUCUCCUCAUGCAACAGUAAUUUGCGCCGCGAUUGGCCGCCAAAUUUGACAUUUCGCAACUGCACUGCCUGGCCUCUCAAUCUCCUGUCUGAGCGUGCGCCUAUUUACCCUUUAGCUGCCUGUGGCCCUCCGCAUGCGCCAUUACCGCCGCUGACCUCGCGAGGGGCGGCGCACGCCAGCAGAGAAGGUAGUCGCACACCAUGUCGAAGGACAAACGGCGGAGCAUCUUCGGCAGCUCUCUCAGCGCAUUCACGAGCAUCACCCCGAAGAAAGAUGAGUCGCAGCCAGCAAAUCUACUGCGGAAGCGACGGACGGCGUCUUUCAUGUCCAAUUUGUCGGAUGUGUCAGGGUACAGCGAGAAGCAGACCAUCGACGAGAACACGGUUGCGGAGACACCAGUCCCUGCCGCGCGACCACGACCGCAACUGCCCAAUCGAGGAACCGGCAAGCGCGCCAGCUCUGUGUUUGGGUCGCUGAGGAGCUCCAAACACUACGACGAUGAACCGCUCUGCGCGACCUUGACCCGCACGUCCUUGGGAUUCGACUUCCCCAUUGACGAUACACACAGUCGUCAUGUACUGCAGCAUGGCGAGGUCCAGACGAGCAGCUCCAUGUUCAGAAAGAAGAAGGAAUAUCUGGUCUUGACGGAGACACAUCUUAUCAGGUUCAAGAGCCAGUCGAAGGCAUCAGAUGCUUUCUCUGGGGUGCCCUCACCACACAACAGCAGCAACCGCGUAUCGAACUAUCGACACAGUCAAAGUCCCUCGACCGGCUCAGCGCAAGAAGCUCAAUCGCUCGCUUCAGAUGCUUCGGGAGACCGUGAAAUGGGCACGCCGUUGCGCCAUAUCGUAGCCGUGUUUCAUGCGCCGGACGGAGGACCCUAUUUUGCACUUGAUGUUUACUACCUGGACGACGAGACGAACCAGGCCUCCUCAAUGACUCUGCAAUUCGGCGACCCGGAGGAGAUGCACACAUGGAUGGCAAAGAUACGAAAUGCCUCGAACAGCGCGCGCCUGACGGACGCAAAUCCACUUUCUGCAUACAACUCGCAUCUUGCAGCCCGGGUGGUCGAAGCAGAACGCGACUAUGUGCCUCCGCACUAUGCAAUAUACAAGGUGGUCAUACGGGAGCCGGGCAAAACUGCAUCGAGGGCAUCUUCUGAUGAUCUGGGCAAGCUCUCUGCUUCUGUAUGUUUCGUCGCGAUCGGUGUGCACAAGGUGCAUCUGAUUCCCCUGUUCAAGCCACCUUCUCAACGGUCGUCUAGUCCGUUGUUGGCUUCGCUCAGUUCUCAGUCCUCGCACGGUAUACUUGCACUUACUGAGUGCGUUCUCAGCGAGGUUGAUGAUACCUUCCAGUUGACGUUUAGAAAACCUUUGGAGAAACCCAAGACUUUCCAUUUAGCAUCACUUGCGUCACACGACAUCGCCGUUCGCCUGCGCUACGUUGAAGAAACGAUGCGACCCGAGUGGGAAUCACGACCAUAUCAGUUCGUUGUUCCUGACCCCGUGAGACAUGACAUUCUUCGUCAGUCGCAGGUUCAUAUGAUGAACCAGGAUUCUUUAGAUCGUACAUUGAUUGGAUACUGCAUCGCAUACGGCGUACAACCUGAGAACAUCAGCUAUCAAAUCACAUACCCAGACGAGGAUUCGCCACGCUUCGAACUACUUCGACCCAUUGGUUUACGGCGAAAUCAGUACACGGUGCACGAACUGCUCGCGGUUAUGCGAGCUCUGCGAUACAACGAGACCUUUGCGGGCAUAUCUUUUAAAGAUGUCCACCUCGACAUACUGAAUGGCUUGAUCGACGAGCAUGGAGUCGAGCAUGUUUGCACCAAGACCAAGCGAGGGACAUAUGCGCGUAUGGAUAUCGAGGACCUAUCCCGGUCGUGCUUGCUCGUGCAAGAAAUUCGAGCUCUAGCCUUGACCAACCGCAAGCUGCGACGCAUGGAUUUCUCAAAUUGCAUCAAGAAGAAACCUAAAGACUUCACAGAGGCCAAAACGAGCGCUAGAGACACAGGAUGUGGUAUUGUGGAAGCACUGUUUCCGCUCUGCAAGUAUCAAACGACGAACGUUGAUUGGAUCGCGUUGAACGGCAUCCAGCUUGGAGAGACAGAUUUGGAUUACUUAGUAGCAGCAGCGGUGGAGCGAGCCUGCCAUAUACGGGCACUCGAAAUGAGUCGCUGCGGUUUGACGGAUCGUGCAUUGUCUCUUAUAUUGGAUUCUCUGCGGCCCCAAGAGAAUACUUUGGAGGCACUCAACCUUUCCUCGAACCCUUUCCGGCUGUCACCUACACUGUUCGACUCGCAGAUUGGUUGUUUUGCAUACCUCACAAAGUUGGAUCUGUCGCAUGUCGCACGAACAUCAGGUCCUGAGCCCUUGAUAUCUGUUGAAACAUUGAACGUGAUGAGGUUGCAAGAAUUGAGUUGGAGUGGGACGUCGCUCAAUGCUGCGACCAUCGAUGCAAUAGCAAGUUACCUCCUCAACACCAAGCAGUCUAAAGGUCUACGAGAGCUGAAAGUGGAUCACUGCUACAUCACAGGGAAGGAUGUCGCUUACUUGCUGCAAUCUAUGACUGAAGAGCCCGGCAAAGCAAGAGAUCUGCACCUGGAUGUCAGCGAGAACUACAUUGAGAAGGAUCUCAAGCGUCUCACGAAGGCUAUUGCAACCGGCUAUGCUCCAGCACACCUCACGAUCCGCCUACUCGAAUUCGAGGAAGAAGCAGACUUUCGCAAGAUGAUUCUCGCUCUGGCCCAGAACAACACAAUUCGCCAGCUUGACAUUUCACGUGCUUCGUUACCGAGCGACGCUUCGGAGGAGACAUGUCAAGCACUAGAGAAGAUGUUCUCCGACAACAGAACCCUCGAGUGGCUUGACAUGUCAGGAGAGGACUCAAGACUAGAGACUACGAAGCUUGGCGUUGGAGUCAACAGGGCUUUGCGAGGGUUACAGUAUAAUGAGUCCCUGCGCGUCUUGUAUAUCAGAUACCAAAAGCUCGGUUUACAAGGUGCAAGCACCCUUGCCGAUGUGCUCAAGACCAACAGAACUCUGCAGUAUCUCUACUGCGAAAUGAACGACAUAGCACUCAACGGUUUCACUGACCUCGUCAACGCUCUCCACCGUAACACCACACUGCUGCAUCUACCAACGAUGCACGAGUCUCGUCAGAUGGCGCUCAAGCGAACAGAAGAUCAAGUGAAGCAGAUGCGCGAUGAUGCAUCGAUCCACACAGCCCCCAAGCCUGCUUCCGUCCGCAGCAAACUUGCAAGUAAAGCCAGCAGAGUCACUUCCAAGACUGGGCGGGACCGCGGGCCUUCCAUCGGCCUGUCCGACCAGGACAUCAAAGCCGCCUUAGGCCUUGUAGACGAAAGUUGGUCACGCCAAGAAUAUCGACUGCAGCAGUAUCUCCAACGCAACUACAACAUCGCCAACGGCAUUCCCGUCUCCAUGGACGUUGGUGACGAAGACUUUGAGCGCGAUCGCCCAGACACGGCAUCCAGCCUCAGCAAGAUCAUCGAGAAGGUCACCAUCGAUAGCACGCCUACUGCAGAAAAGGACUUUCAACUAGGCGCUCCCACCCCCGGGUCUCUAUACGAGUCACCAGAAAGCACACCAAGCGGUACGCCGGGCCUCCGUAUGGCAAAGACUAGGCAACUGCAUAGUUCGAAGGUGGAUUACUUCGGCAGCGGGUUCACAGCGAGCCCGGAUGGCACGCCGAACGGGACACCGACUGUCGAGAAAGAGAUUCAAAUCGAAAGGACACUUGGCAAAGAGAGGCUUAGUCUCAACUUUGACGUCACCAGUCUGGAGAAGGAGAUCGAGAUGAGCUUCUCCCACAACCGGGACGCAUUCUCAUAGCAGCCGUGUGAGCUGUUGCUGCACACUCCACCUGCACAUACUCGAUUUAGCAUUUACAUUUUAGGCGCACUUGUAGGACCAUUUUGCAUACACGGCGUUGCAUCUGUACGGUAUUUAGGAGGUUGUGGUCAUUUAUCAUCCGCGCUUGUAUGUACAGGCGUUUUCGAAGCAUAGAGCAACAAUUUAGCGGCCGGUCAGCCUCUACAUGAGGACCAUGAGUG